CUUCUUUUUCUUUCAGAAAAUACAUAACCAUAAAAAAUUUAAGUGGAGCCCAGAAAUGGAAGGACAGAUUUUGGGAGCCGUGUACUAUGGGCAGCUUUUUGGCUUCCUACCCGGUGGGCGCAUGGCAGAAAUAUAUGGCGGAAAAAGAACUCUCAUAAUUUUCCUAGCUGUUUCAUCUUUCUGUACAGCUUUAAUACCCAUCACAGCUCAUUUAUCUGUGUAUGCACUCAUUGUAUGCAGAUUUUUGAUUGGAUUCGCGACGGCUCCAGUGUUACCUAUACUCUUUUACCUGAUUUCUCGAUGGAUCCCGUACUCAGAGAGAAGUUUUACUUCAUCAUUUGUUUUAGCUGGAUAUGGUUUGGGAGCAUUUCUUUCUUUCAUAUCCUCUGGAGUCCUUUGUGCCUCCGAUUUUCUGGGUGGCUGGCCUGCUGUCUUUUAUACCGGAGCUCUUAGCGGAUUUGUGUGGUGUUGUUUAUGUUACUUAUUAGUAUACGAUACACCAAAAGACCAUCCAACAAUCACCCUAGAGGAAUUGGAAUAUAUAGCAAAGCACUUACCUGUAGCCGAGAAGCAAAUAAAAACGAUACCAUGGAAAUCUAUUAUGACUUCUGUUCCUUUUUGGGCACUGGCAGUUGGGUAUUUCGGUCAGUUUUGGAUUCUGGGAUUUUACUGCACUGCGCAGCCUCUUUACAUGGGCACGAUUCUUCACCUGGAUAGCGUCACAAAUGGCCUACUUUCCAGUGUUCCUCCUCUGUGUCGUGCUUUGUUUGCUUGUAUGUGCGGGUUUCCAGCUGAUUGGGCUGUUAAGAGAGGUCAUCUAUCCGUAGGAUUCAUAAGGAAAAGUGCUACACUGAGUAAUUCCAUACUUGCUUGUUUGGGCUUCCUUGGUGUAAGCUUAAUUGGAUGUGAUCCGCAGUUAAAUACAAUAUUCUUUACAGCCGGUGGCCUGCUGGGGGAUUUUAUAACAUUCGGCGUUUGCAUGGCUGGAGUGGACAUAGCACCAAAUCUUUCAGGUACUGUAUCUGGUAUUCUGAGUUUUGUUGGUGUAAUACCAUUUUUCAUAAUACCGGCUAUAAUUGGAUGGCGGACUAAAUAUGAGCGAUCCAUGGCUCAGUGGAAUUUCAUUUACUACAUUACAAUAGGAGUUGUCAUAGUAACCACGGUAGUAUAUCUUGUCUUUGGAACUUCAGAACCGCAGUCCUGGAGAACGGAUGAUAAUGAGGAUGCAUCAGAAGACAAUUCAGAUCACAAACGCAAAAACAGUAAAGAUUCACAAAGUAAAUUAUGACAAGUGUGUUUUGUAAUGUUAAAUUGCCUAGAUUGCUAACUUGUGACAGCACGAAAUUUCUGUAGGGUCGCAGAACAGCAAUCUGGCUAACGACUUUCACUUUUUAAUGCAUAAACACAAUUAUUGUAAUGUAUAGUUGCUAGGAUUUUAGUGUAAAAUAUUCUUGUUUAGUUGGUGCUUAGUUAUCUUGUACAAAAUAUAUUCAUUACAUAUGAGCUUGUGAAAUUCAACAAAUUAGUUUUAUAAUAAAAUAGGUUUAUAUUA